CCACACAGUGAAAACACACUCUUUGGGAUGGGAAAUCCCUUGCUUGACAUUUCAGCUGUUGUGGACAAAGACUUCCUUGACAAGUAUGGACUGAAGCCGAAUGACCAGAUCCUGGCUGAAGACAAACAUAAAGCCUUGUUUGAAGAAAUUGUCAAGAGGAGCAAAGUUGAAUACCAUGCAGGGGGCUCUACCCAGAACUCAGUGAAAAUUGCCCAGUGGAUGAUCCAGAAACCCCACAAGGUGGCUACCUUCUUUGGGUGCAUCGGUGCCGACCAAUUCGGGGAGAUCCUGAAGAAGAAGGCAGACGAGGCCAAUGUUGAUGCCCAUUACUACGAACAAAACGUGGAGCCGACUGGAACCUGUGCAGCCUGUAUCACCGGGGACAAUAGGUCCCUUGUUGCUAACCUGGCAGCGGCAAACUGCUACAAAAAGGAAAAACACCUGGACUUGGACAGCAACUGGGAGCUGGUGAAGAAAGCCAAGGUCUAUUAUAUUGCGGGGUUUUUCCUGACAGUGUCCCCGGAGUCAGUCCUCAAGGUGGCGAAGCACGCUUCCGAUAACAACAAAAUCUUCUGCAUGAACCUCUCAGCACCUUUCAUCAGCCAGUUCUUUAAAGAGCCCUUGAUGAAGGUCAUGCCCUAUGUCGACAUCUUAUUUGGCAACGAGACGGAAGCGGCCACCUUUGCCAAAGAGCUGGGCUUUGAGACUGAUGACAUUGCAGAGAUUGCAAAGAGAACCCAAAACCUACCCAAGGAGAACACAAAGAGGCCGCGAGUGGUGGUCUUCACCCAGGGCAAGGAUGACACUCCAGUGACAACAGAGUCAGAAGUGACCAUGUUCCCUGUUUUGGACAUCGACCAGAACGAUAUUGUGGACACUAACGGUGCUGGAGAUGCCUUCGUGGGAGGAUUCCUCUCUGCGUUGGUCCAAGAGCACGCAUUGGAGGAGUGUAUCCGGGCUGGACACUACGCCGCCAAUGUUAUCAUCAGACGGGUCGGAUGCACCUUCCCAGAGAAGCCAGACUUUCACUGA